UCUUGCUCUUCCUCUUCAUAUCAGAAUUCAGAUCAAAUCAACAAACAACUACAAAUCACUACAUAAACACACAGAUCUUCCGCCAUUAACAUUUUACAAUCAAUCACCAACAAUGUCGCUAAUUCCAAGCAACAUCUUCGGCAGACGCAGCAACGUAUUCGAUCCAUUCUCCAUGGACAUAUUCGACCCGUUCUUCGACCUUCCUUCAUCGCUCGCAACCAUCCCUCGCUCCGACACCUUCUCCGAAACAUCCGCCUUCGCCAACGCUAGAAUGGACUGGAAAGAGACUCCGGAAGCACACAUCUUCAAAGCGGAUCUUCCUGGUGUUAAGAAAGAGGAGGUUAAGGUCGAGGUUGAAGACGGAAAUGUGUUGAGGAUUAGCGGACAGAGAGCGAGAGAGAAGGAAGAGAAAAAUGACACUUGGCAUCGUGUUGAGAGGAGUUCUGGUCAGUUUAUGAGGCAAUUCAGGUUGCCAGAGAAUGCGAAGGUAAAUGAAGUUAAAGCAGCCAUGGAAAAUGGUGUACUUACUGUUACUGUUCCUAAAAUGGAGGCUCCCAAACCUGAAAUUAAGGCUAUUAAUAUUUCUUAAACAUGUAUGACUAGUGAAGUAAUGAUGAUAGAAAUCGAGUAUGUUGUGAUGAAAUAAAGAGCCCUAUGUUUUUCGAGUAUUAUGUUACCAGUAUCCCUCUUUAUGUUGUGAAUUAUGAAUAUGAUGUAAUGUUGUGGUUUUACUUUAAUGUAAAGUGGUUUCUUGCGGUUUUUUCUUGUAUA